UCGCUUCAAGGAGAUAACUGUGAAGUGGGAAGAGAUGUGAUCACGUGACCUUUCCCAAGAGGGGGGCAGAUGCACCAGGGAGAGCAAGAAGGCAGUAUCUCGACCCUCUCCUCUGCUGUAUCUUAAUCGUUUUGCAUCAACGAGGUAAUGGGGGUAAGGUUGCUGGUGGCCGUGGCUGCAUCCCUGCUCGUCCUGGCGGGGGUUGCCUCGGCCGACCCACGCUAUGCAAGGCCAGGAGACCACGAACCCCUACAGCAGAAGUGGCAGCGGCCCGACCGGCUGGCGCGGCGCGUGUGCUACUACGAGUCGUGGGCCGUCUACAGGCCGGGCGACGGAGUCUACGACGUCGAGGACAUCCCCGCCGACCUGUGCACGGACCUCAUCUACUCCUUCUGCGGCCUCUCCAACGUCACGUGGGAGGUCAUGGUGCUUGACCCGGAGGUUGACAUCGACCAGGGGGCCUACCAGCGCUUCGUGGCCCUGAAGGAGAAAUACCCGAACAUGAAGACCCACAUCGCCGUCGGGGGCUGGGCCGAGGGGGGCAAGAAGUACUCGCAGAUGGUCAGCAUGAAGGAACGUCGAGACACUUUCAUCGGCAGCGUUGUCAAACUCUUGACUGACUAUAAUUUCGACGGCUUCGACCUGGACUGGGAGUACCCCGGAGCGACCGACCGCGGAGGCACCUUCGCCGACAAGGACAACUUCUUGUACUUGGUCGAGGAACUGAGGGCUGCCUUCGACACCGUAGGGAAGGGAUGGGAACUGACGUGUGCUGUCCCCGUGGCCAAGUUCAGGCUGCAGGAAGGUUACCACGUCCCGGAGCUCUGCAGUCUGCUGGACGCGAUUCAUCUGAUGACGUAUGAUCUGCGUGGGAACUGGGUUGGCUUUGCGGACGUCCACUCCAUGUUGUAUCAGCGCCCGGGUCUCGAUCAGUGGUCCUACGAGAAACUCAAUGUGAACGACGGCGCCCUUCUCUGGGAGGAAUUCGGGUGCCCUCGCGACAAGCUGGUGGUGGGGACGCCCUUCUACGGGAGGACCUACACCCUGGGGGAUCCUAACAACAACGACCUCCACGCGCCCAUCAAAGCGUGGUUGGGAGGGGGUAACCCAGGGCCCUAUACCAACGCCACGGGAACUCUCGCUUACUUCGAGAUUUGUAGCAUGAUGGUUCAGGACUCGGCUUGGGUGGAUCGCUACGAUGACGUCGGGCUUGUUCCUUUCACUCACAAUGGUGACCAGUGGGUGGGCUACGAGGACCCGGCCAGCCUCAAGAUCAAGAUGGACUACAUCCGAGACAUGGGCUUCCUCGGGGCCAUGACGUGGGCCAUCGACCAGGACGACUACAAGGAGUGGUGCGGCCAAGGCAAGAACCCCAUGAUGCAGACUAUCUACGACGGCAUGAAGGACUACUUCGUCCCCGUGUCCACCAUCACGACCACCCGCGACCCCAACGCCCCCAGCACCACCACCAGGGACCCCAACGCCCCCACGACCACCCUCGGGCCCAUGGACUGCUCGGUGGCGGACUACUGGCCCCACGCCGACUGCGACAAGUACUACUGGUGCUACGACGGCGUGCCCCACGAGGAGACGUGCCCGCCCGGCCUCGUGUGGAACCAGCCGAGCCACAACUGCGACUGGCCGGCCAACGUGGACACCUCCAACUGCAACAUGCCGGCUGUCGCCCGAGUUCCCAAGGGGUCGAAGCAGGAGAAGCGACCUCCUCUCGACAUGCUCGCGUUUAACCACGUCCUCGCCAACGAAAGGAUGGAUGUGGACGAUCUCAUUAGGCUCGAGAAAAUGAAGGACCAAAAACGACACGGAGUUCCCAAGACCGAUUCUUCUAAGACCGAAAAGGAUUCAGCCGGACCGAAGGAGUCUCCUAAAUCUAAGAAAGUUGACCACCCUGCUGAGGCCUUGCGCGUUCCUCCGCUGGCGAAGAACAUGCACAAGAAAACACCUUAUCUAGAAAGAAAUAUAAUUAUGCGUGUUUCCCCUCGUCUGUGCGUGUGCAUUUCGGAUCAAAAGAAGACAUCACGCGCCGGUCGAGGUGUCCAGAGCGACUGGGUACCCGCGCUCUUUCACGCUUUCACGAAGAUGUUGUCAGGACGGUUGGCAGCGGUUGCAGCGGUGGCCGUGCUGGCACUGGUCGGGGUGGUGUCAGCUGACCCCCGUUAUGCCAGACCUGGAGACCACGAGCCCCUACAGCAGAAGUGGCAGCGGCCCGACCGGCUGGCGCGGCGCGUGUGCUACUACGAGUCGUGGGCCGUCUACAGGCCGGGCGACGGAGUCUACGACGUCGAGGACAUCCCCGCCGACCUGUGCACGGACAUCAUCUACUCCUUCUGCGGCCUCUCCAACGUCACGUGGGAGGUCAUGGUCAUCGACCCCGAGAUAGACAUAACUCAAGGGUCUUAUCGGCGGUUCGUGGCGCUGAAGGAGAAAUACCCGAACAUGAAGACCCACAUCGCCGUCGGGGGCUGGGCCGAGGGGGGCAAGAAGUACUCGCAGAUGGUCAGCCUGAAGGAGAGGCGCGACACCUUCGUCAGGAGUGUUGUGCAACUGCUCACCGACUACGGCUUCGACGGCUUCGACCUGGACUGGGAGUACCCCGGGGCGAUGGACCGAGGCGGGACUUUCGCCGACAAGGACAACUUCUUGAAGCUGGUCGAAGAACUAAGAGCCGCGUUCGAUUCCGUGGGUUUAGGCUGGGAACUGACAUGCGCUGUCCCUGUGGCCAAGUUCAGGCUGCAGGAAGGCUAUCACGUGCCCGAACUUUGCAGCUUGUUGGACGCCAUUCACCUGAUGACGUAUGACCUCCGGGGUAACUGGGUAGGCUUUGCUGACGUCCACUCCAUGCUGUACCAACGCCCAGACCUCGACGAGUGGGCGUACGAGAAACUGAAUGCGAACGACGGCGCCCUUCUGUGGGAGGACUUUGGCUGCCCUCGAGACAAGCUGGUGCUGGGAACCCCCUUCUACGGGAGGACCUACACCCUGGGCAGCCCCGAUAACAACGACCUCCACGCGCCCAUUAAGAAGUGGGAGGGCGGAGGGAAACCUGGGCCUUAUACCAACGCCACAGGAACCCUUGCUUAUUUCGAGAUUUGCAGCAUGAUGGUUCAGGACUCCGGAUGGGUGGACCGAUACGAUGACGUCGGUCUUGUUCCUUUUACUCAUAAUGGUGACCAGUGGGUGGGCUACGAGGACCCGGCUAGCCUCAAGAUCAAGAUGGACUACAUCCGGGACAUGGGCUUCCUCGGGGCCAUGACGUGGGCCAUCGACCAGGACGACUACAAGGAGUGGUGCGGCCAAGGCAAGAACCCCAUGAUGCAGACGAUCUAUGAUGGGAUGAAAGAUUAUUACGUGCCAGUGGCCCCGACAUGGAUGCCAACCACCCCCAGCCCUUGGUGGACCCCACCUACUACUACCCGGGACCCCAACGCCCCCAGCACCACCACCAGGGACCCCAACGCCCCCACGACUACCCUCGGGCCCAUGGACUGCUCAGUGGCAGAUUACUGGCCUCAUGAAGACUGCGACAAGUACUACUGGUGCUACGAGGGCGUGCCCCACCUGGAGGUCUGUCCGCCGGGCACCGUGUGGAACCAGGGCCCCCACAUCUGCGACUGGCCUCAGAACGUCGACACUUCUGACUGCAACAUGCCUCCCCGCGCCGCCAAGCCACGUGCAGGUCCUAUUCACUCAGGUCCUCUCAAUGUAGUCCACGAGAAGACCAGACACUUAAAGCAAGCUCCAGUGAAGGCAGAGAGCAAGAAAUCAGGUCCAAUGGCCACUGGAGUUCGCAUUCCCCCGCUACUGCAGAAGGCGAGGAAGGAGAUUCCGUGAGGCAAAGGAGGGAGGUCGUCCCCUGAACAUUUGGGCUAAUUCGGGAAGUGUGUUGAAGUUAAAAUAUAUGUACAUAUAUUUAGAGGGGAAGGGCUUUCAGUAAUAUGUCAUAAUUUCUUUUCAGAUUCACUAAGUGCUAGUUAUGGAUAGUGCAAUGGUGCCAUUACAUAUAGGACACUAUAUGGAAAUAUUCCAGUUUAUUAAUAUGCGAGAGAUAAUUAUCUUAGGUACUGUAGGUAAGAUAAAUUCAAGUUUAAUUAAAUUUCUUACUGCUUAAUGGCCUCCAGAUUGGGGAACCCUGUUCUAUAGAAUUGUUUUUUUCCCUUUAGAUCAUACACAUACAUGAAAUAUGAUAGUAAAUACACAAAAAUAAAAUGAAUUCAAAUUCCA